AUGUCCUCUUCACCAAAACCGCUUGACCGAGCUGGCAUCUGGUCGUACGUUCCUUUUACUUCCACACCUCGCCGUCGUUCAAUCGGUAGCGGACUGCCUCGUACCACGACGAACACCGCCAACGGUCGGCCGUGGAAUCCCUCUGCCGCAAAGUCAGAUACACACUUCCUCGCCUCUGGCAGGAGCCAGUCUCACAUCCUGGAGUCCGUACAGAACGCCUGGAUGACUCAAAGUCGCCAGGCCAAGUAUGUCAGGACCGGUGGCAUCCUUGCUCUCAUCGUCCUGUUAUAUUGGUUCAUGUCCGCUGGGAGCACGCCCGUCCAAAAUGUCUAUACACCUACGACGUCUCCUACGUCGCGAUGUACAAAACCGCACGAUCCUACAAAGCCCCUGGUGCAAUACGCAAUUAUGAUAGAUGCGGGCAGUACCGGGAGCAGAAUACAUGUCUACAAAUUCAACAACUGCGGGCCUACGCCUGAGUUGGAGAAUGAGGACUUCAAGAUGACUGAGCCAAAGCCAGGCGGCUCGGGUUUGAGUUCGUUCAAGACCGACACUGAGGGCGCAGCUAAAAGCCUUGAUCCUUUGAUGGAGGUCGCGAUGAAAUCGGUCCCGGAUGAGUACAAGUCAUGCACGCCGAUCGCAGUCAAAGCGACUGCAGGCCUCCGGUUGUUGGGCGAAGACAUGAGUCUUAAGAUCCUGGAGGCUGUCAGGACCAGACUCGAGACACAAUACCCUUUCGCCGUGGUAUCUCGGGAGAAGAAUGGCGUAGAAAUCAUGAAGGGGGAGGAUGAAGGGGUGUUCGCCUGGAUCACCACCAAUUACCUCCUGGGCAAAAUUGGAGGUCCUGAUGAGAGUCCCACGGCAGCCGUGUUCGACCUAGGCGGCGGCUCUACUCAGAUCGUCUUCCAACCGACUUUUAAGAAGAGUCCACACGGAGGCAUGCCCCAGACAAUGGAGGAAGGCGAUCACAAGUACAAGCUGAAGUUCGGAGGCCGGGAGUUCGAGCUCUACCAGCAUUCCCACUUGGGCUACGGCCUAAUGUCUGCCCGAAAGGCAUUGCACCAACUCGUCCUCGACCGGAUGCACAAGCAGAAUCCUGGUUCGAGAGCUUGGCUUUCCAAACCGAUACCCAACAGCUGCAUCUUACCUGGAACACAAAAGAAGGUCACUGUUGAAAUGCCUGCGGACCAUGAACUCGCAGGUGAACACGAGGUUGUCAUGGAGGGCCCUGUCGACGCGAUCCCGGCCCAAUGUCGCGCUCUCGCAGAAGCAAUUUUGUACAAGGACAAAGCAUGCAAUUUGGCGCCCUGCUCGUUCAAUGGCGUCCACCAGCCGCCGCUCGAGAAAACGUUUGCGAGGGAAGACAUCUUUAUCUUUUCGUACUUCUACGACCGUGCCCACGAGCUUGGCAUGCCCGAGUCAUUCACCCUGCGCGAACUGCAGGAUCUCACUGCCAAGGCCUGUGGCGGCGAGAAGACUUGGGACGCCUUUGCUGGAAUAGAGGGUGCCAUUGACGGCCUCAAGGAGCGCCCCGAGACUUGCUUGGAUUUGAACUUUAUGUCUGCGCUAUUGCACACGGGAUACGAAAUGCCCAUUGACCGCGAAGUCAAGAUCGCCAAGAAAAUCAAGGGCAAUGAGCUGGGUUGGUGCCUAGGCGCCAGUCUACCUCUGCUGGAGAAGGAGAGUGGCUGGGAGUGCCGGAUCCGAGAAGUCUCGUAG